AUGGGCUCCAGCAUUGAGCCUGCCCUGGUGCAUCCGGGAGUCUUUGGGAUGUCUGCUGUGAUCCCCCUUCCAGCCCAGCAGCUGCAUCCGGCACAGGAAUGGAGCAGGCAGCAUCUUCUUGGGCUCUGUGCGGCAGGGCCAGGAGGCGUCCUGCCCACUACCCCUCUGCCGGAGACCCUAGCCCUGGGCACCCAGUCUGACUGUGCUGGGCCUGUCUGUUUGUCCAUCCCAGGCUGCCUGUUUGACCGGAGGCUGUGCUCCCCCCAGGAGGUGUGUGUGCAGGAUGGGCUGUUUGGGCAGUGCCAGGUGGGCUCCGUGCAGGACAGACCCUACUUCCAGGUCACCUCGCCCGUGCUGCAGCGCCUGCAGGAUGUCCUGCGGCAUCUCAUGGCACAAGGGCUGUCAUGGCAGGAUGGCAUCACACAGUAUGUGAUCUCUCAGGAGAUGGAGCGUAUCCCCCGCCUCCGCCCACCGCCCUCGCUGGAGCCUGUGGCCAGGGACAGGUUCCUGCCUCUCCGUGGCUCCCCUAGGAGAGCCCUGCACCCCUCAGACGCCGGCCUGCCAGCGGCUCAGCAUCUGGGGCAGCCCCCACCACUGCUGCCCUCCGCCGUGGUGCAGCGGUACCUGGAGCACCUCCUACUGCCCUCAUCACCCCAGCUGGGCUACGAGGAGGCCCUGCUGCACCCCUACUCCUACCACAAGUUGCAGUUUGGCUACCAGGACGGCACUCACCAGCUCCCCGGCAGCUCAGCCAGACAGAGCCCUGAGACCGCUGCGCUGCUGGGCCGGGUCCCUGCCCAGGCCCUUUUUGGGGCUGGCCCUGUGCCCUCCUAUGGUGGGCAGCCAGGAACGGACGGGGGGCAUCUCUUCCAGGACUUGGGUAUGCUAUCCCUGCCCAGAGAGAAAUCUCGCCACCCGGACCCUGCUCACCCUUCCAGCAUGAGGCUCCAGCACAGCUUGCGGCUCCCCAGUGAUUUCAGGGACAUGGAAAGAGAGCAGCCGUCGGCCCUGGCUGCCCAGCCAGCCCCUGUACAGACAGAUGCUGCCCUGAAGAGACUGGGAUCUGUUCUGGCCAGCUAUGGCCUGGGGCUGCCAGAGCUGAGUCCCCAGCAGCUGAGCAGCCUCUCCACCUUCCUUCAGCUGCUCCAGGGCCCUGGUGCCUCUGGCCCCGAGGUACCUGCAGCAAAGAGGGUGACAGAGGGGGACAUGCAGCAUGGAGAGGAGCCGGAGCCCCCUUCCUCCACAGUGCCUCCCCCCAAAAUCCCAGCCAGCAGCUCCCCAGCAGAUGGGCUGGGGGUCAGGGCAGGACACACACCAGCCCCUCAGGCAAAGCCGCAGCAGGGGCACGGUGGGGACAUGCUCAGCCCUGGGAAGCUAGUCACAGUGGCGAAGAAGAGCUACACAGCGGCAAGUGACGCUGGGGAGCAGCAGGGCAUGCGGCCGGCUGACGAGUAUGGCUACAUCAUCACGGACCAGAAGCUGGGAGGCUGGGACAGGCUCAGACAUAGUCCUGCAGUCUCCAUGCCAGACGGGCACGUGCCCAACCACAUCUGUGCACGCUUAUGUGCAAAGCAGCUGCCUGCAGAGCAAGUAAAGGCAGAGCUGGAGGCAGAGCUCGGCCUGAAGAUCAUGCAAACAGGAGUGGGACAGCGAAAUGAGGCGGCCACCUACCCGCACCCCUUGCGCUUUGGGGACAGCUUCCACUCGGUGCUGCUCACCUUCAUCGCACUGGCCUGCGUGGCGGGCAUCACCAGCGUCUCGUCCCAGUUCAGCGACGCCCCGCAGCCCAGCCCCAGCUCCCACAGCAGCACGCCGUCCUGGUGCGAGGAGCCCGUGCAGUCCAACAUGGACAUCUCCACCGGACACAUGAUCCUGGCAUAUAUGGAGGACCACCUCCUCAACACGGCACUAGCCAACCUGAAGAAGAACCGCAACCCGGACUACGUGCCCUAUGACCAUGUGCGGAUCAAGCUGAAAGCCGAGAGCAACCCGUCCCGCAGCGACUUCAUCAAUGCCAGCCCUAUUAUUGAGCACGACCCACGGAUGCCAGCUUACAUCGCCACACAGGGGCCGCUGUCCCACACCAUUGCCGAUUUCUGGCAGGUGAGUGCCAGUGCACCGGGGGAGAGGGUGCCGCUCCGGCAUGCGUGCCCUGGGACCCAAAGCUGGGACCUCUGCACUCCUCUGGGGCGAUGGGGCUGCUCACCCAACUGUGGUAUGCCCUGCUGCUGCCCCAGCUCCCUCCACUGUGGUCUUAAGUGUGACAUCUCCUGGCCUGGCCUGGCCCUCAGCCACUUGGCCCCUCCAGGCCCUUCCAGUGGGGGGCACGCACCCUUCCCCAGGGACUGGGUCCUGCCCAGCCCUGGCCGUGCACCUGCUACCGGCCCACCCUGA